AUGGCUUUCAAAUGCGAGGCUGUAUCUGUGUUCCACGCAUUCCUUUUCCUGUGCUCUGCAAUCAGCCUCAUCCUUGGAGCCCUAGCCUGGUCUCGCAACUCAUCUUUCCACCUCCCUCUCCCAACCUCGCUCCCAGCCCUGGCAACACUCCUCUCCCCCCUCACCAUCCUCGCCUUGAUCGCCACAAAACUCUUCAUCCCAGCAAACAGAAAUACAUCACCCCUUAACCUCUACCGCUGGAGAAUCCUCUCCAUAGUCGACCAACUCCACUCCAUCGCCUCGACCAUCAUCGCCACGAUAGUCCUGACCUACCUCUUUCCAAACAACAUCUUCUCGUGCCAUCUCGAGCAGCAAUGGCAGGCAUUCUUCCAGUCCCGAGACGCAACAGCCAUCCGAGCAAUCCAGGAUACAUUCCAGUGUUGUGGGCUGCGGAGUAUCCAUGACCGCGCGUGGCCGUUUAAAGAUCGGAACCACGGCGAUAAUGCAUGUGAGCAGCAGUAUGGAUACAGACAAAGCUGUUUGUUGCCGUGGGGUGAGCAGCAGCGCGUCAUCUCGUGGAUGGUGUUUACGGCUGCUGUGCUGGUGUGGGCUGUUAAGGUUGGCUUCUUCCUGUUCGACCGCCGUCAAGCUAGUUGGAUGAGUACGCAGUCGUCGAGAGGAGCGGUGGAAUACCAACGAAUCACGCAGCCAGAAGAAGAAGAGGAGAAUGAUCAGAAUGGUUCUGCGGAGAAUGGAAAUGGAAGGAUUCUAUUGCCCCACGAGAGACCUCAUGAGAGAACUGCGUAUUCCAAUGAGUGGGAGCAGCGUUGA